UAAAUACAGAAGGGUAUGAUCUCUAGGAUUAUGUUUUGGGCUUCCAUUUUCCAGUGCCCUGAAGUAACAUUUGCUGCUAGUCACAGUUUUUCUUCUGCUUGUGCCCUCUAGUAGGCCACCUAUGUUUUCAUGAAGGUUGCAAGAUGCUGGUGUUAAACUGUUCUACAAAGCUGCAAAUACUGGAACAGAAAUUACUCAAGAAUUUUCCUGAAUCACUCAAGGUUUAUGGAGCAGUGUUAAAUAUAAACAGAGGAAACCCCUUCAGGAAGGAAGUGGUGGUGGAUUCAUGGCCAGAAUUUAAAGCUGUUAUCACCCGCCGGCAGAGAACGGCUGAAAGUGAUGACCUGGACCAUUUUACCAAUGCCUAUGCUGUAUUCUACAAGGACCAGCAAGCAUAUCAAGCAUUGCUGGAGAACCCAGAAACCGUAAACUGGGAACAAGUCUUCCAAAUACAGGGACUGCAGGAUGGAUUGUACGACGCUUCCCAAGCUGUAGCUACCCCCAAGCUUGUGGAUUUAAAGCAGUCUUGUUUCCAAAUGGUUCUCCAUCCAGAUCCUGAUACACUUCCUGAGGUUAAACUCCCGCUAGUACCUCCACCCAAGCUUGCUUCCCUUGAUGUGUCCCAUGCCAGCCUGCUGAACAGCACUUGGUCCCGAGGAGGAAGCGAACAAUGCCGAAAAUACCUUGCCAGCCUCAUUUCCUGUUUCCCUAGUACCUGCGUCCUGGAUGAAGGGGGCUGCCCCAUUGCCUGGGGUUUGACAGACCAAUUUGCUACUAUGAUCCAUGGUUAUACUUUGCCAGAACACCGCAGGAAAGGGUACAACCGCCUCAUAGCAACAGUCCUGGCUAAGAAGUUACAUAGCCAGGGCUUCCCAGCUCAGGGAAAUGUCCUGGAGGAUAAUGUCCCAUCAGUAACUCUACUGAAAAGCAUGAACGCCCAGUUCUUGCCAUGCCAGUUUGUCAGACUUAUCCACACGCCUUUCGGUUUUGUAAACACAUCUCGGCUGUAGCCGAGUGACCUUUGUGGCAUUUCUUUACAAUGAAUGAAAGAUACACUGUAGCAGU